UCUACCAAAUCACAAUAUGGAUAAUGAGAAAUGGAUGAAAAUGCCUACGCCAAGUACUGACAGUGUGAAAGUCGCCGUGCGAGUGCGGCCUUUUAGUCAGGCUAAGAGGAAGAAUUCUGGGAGCAAAUGUGUGAUUUCCAUGCAUUCCAGGACCACCACCAUACAGGACCCUAAGAAUCCAGAGCAUGUGGAGACAUUUACUUUUGACCUGGCAUACUGGUCUCACGAUGGAUUUCAAAAGGAUAAAGAUGUUGUCCUUAUUUCAGCUGAUCCUAGUAGUAAAUUUGCAGGCCAGAGAGACGUCUUCCACGAUCUUGGCAGAGGGAUUCUGGACGGUGCUUGGUAAGGCUAUAAUGCUACUCUCCUGGUCUAUGGCCAGACUGGAUCUGGGAAAAGCUAUUCCAUGAUUGGAUGGUGCAAACAAAGUAUUAUUCCAACUGUGUGCGAAGAGCUCUUUCAAGCAAUUGAGAACCAGGGAAGAAAUCAACAGCACAAGGUUACGUUCAGCAUGCUGGAAAUUUACAAUGAACAGAUACGAGAUUUGCUGUCCAGAACCAAAAAACCUGGUGGGCUCAAAGUAAGGGAAGACCAACAGCUGGGCUUCUAUGUGGAAGGCCUGAUGGUGCCCUGCGACAACUAUGCCCACAUUGAAAGGCUGAUGGAACAAGGAACAAAAGUCAGGACCACGGCUUCGACCAACAUGAACGCCAGCAGCAGCCGGUCCCACAUGGUCAUCACCAUCCAGUUCAAGCAGGUUUUCCUAGACAGAGACCUGAGCAAACAAUCCAGUAUUAAUUUGGUGGAUCUAGCAGGAAGUGAGAGGCAGAAAUCUUCAGGAUCUGAAGGAGACAGACUGAGGGAAGGAUCACAAGUUAACUUAAGUUUAACCAAUUUGGGAAAUGUUAUCAGCGCUCUAGCUGAGGCAGCCACGGGGAAAAAGGUCUUGCACAUUCCAUACAGAGACUCCAUUCUCACCAAGCUGCUGCAGUCAGCUCUGGGUGCGAACAGCAGAACCGCUUUGCCCAGCGCUGGCCGGCGCUCUGCUGUCCUGCUCAGGAGAGAAGCGCCCCGCCAGGACCAGUUACAUGCAUCCCCCAAAGUCACAGGAAAACGCACCCUUACUCUUUCUCACUUCACCCUAUUUUCAAUACUUCAUUUUACAGUUUUUCUGGUUGUCAGCUACCUGGCUAAAAAGAUCCGGAACAAAGCAGUGGUCAACACCUGGACACUGACGAGAGAGGCAAGGGCAGGGAACGGCGAGCUACUGCCCAGAUGCAGAAACUCCAGAAUGAUGCAGACCUUCCCUCGCCUUCUUAACGUCAAUGAGGACCCACAGCUCACCGGGGUCCUCAAGCACUUCAUUCAAGACUCAGCUGGCCCCCUGGUGGAACACAGCGCCCAGAACCACAGGCACCCCGACCUCCCCUCCCCGGCUGUGCGCCCCAAGAUAGCCCCGAGGGCUCCGUGCAGAAUGGCCGUGGGGAUGUGGGGCUGGGGGCGCGAAGCCGCCCGGAAGCAGCUGUGGCGCUGUCUGCAUGGAGCUUCAAACACCAGACCCUCUCCUGCGGCCUCUCUAGUUCCUGUGACGCUGGCCAGGCUGCUUCAAAUGCUAUCACAAUUCAAGGUCUGGGGUGAGUUUCUAGGAAUCACUCCACACAGCGAAUGCAAGGUUGCCGUUAACGGGGUGCCCAUCACCACCAGGACAAAGCUGCAGCAUUUGGACCGCCUUAUUUUGGGAUCCAACAGUGCCUACCUGUACGUGGGGCUUCCUUCAGAGCAGGGCAGUGAGGACCUCGGCAGGUUCGAUUACGACUUCUUCCAGCUGGAGAGGGCGGCCGCGGAGGGAGUGAGCGCGCAUGAGCUGGGUGCUGCGGACAGUGGAGACGGCAAAGCAGACCCCAGCGUCCUGGCUGUGUUCCAGGACUACAUCAAACUCAAGCCGCUGGUUGCAGAAGCCAAUCAAAUGAGUGAAGAGCUCAAGAAGGGACUUCACAUGGAAUUGAAGGUGAAGAAUUUAGCGUCAUCAGAUUCCAGGGGCUAUGACCUAAAGAAGAAGGUGAUGGUGAAGGUGACCAACCGCAGGACUCACGAGGUGUGGAUAUGGUCAAAAGCCAAGUUCAUCAAUAGGAAAUUCCUAAUGGAGGAACUUUACCAGCACUUUCUAGAUGGAGAUGACAGCCCUGUGGCUCAAGAUGACGACCUUUUCUGGGAUCCUGUCGAGGUCAUCCACUUGGGCUCAGCUCACAUCUGGCUCCAGUCGCUGGUCUACUGCGUGAAGCCGGAGGAGCAGGCGGAGUUUCUGAACUGUGACGGGCUGGAGGAGGCCGUGCUGCAUAUCUGCAUGGCACCCUGCUCCCCCACAGGACAAACACAUGGCGAGGAGGAUAUGGUUAUUGACCCUUUGGAGCUGCUGGGCAAGAGGAUGGAUUUCCAGAUUCACAUUGUCCGGUGCCUUGGUAUCAAGUGGAUGAAGGAAGAUGCAUAGUAGGGCAUUCAGAUAGGGUACAGAAUUUAUGACCUUUCAAAUAACUAUACCAAACCUGUAUGGAAAAGCGUGAAUCCACAAAUUGAAGAGACCGUCCAAUUUACAGCCUUAAAUGCAUCUCAGGAGUUUCUGAAUUAUUUGCAGACAAAUGCCCUUAUUGUUGACCUAUGCGGCCUUCAAGAAGGCUGCACCGAGCUGAGCUGCAAUCAGCUGGGCCUCAUGGUCACAGGUAAAGGCCACAUCCUGGUAGACACCAAGAAAAUUUCCACUGUGAAGGAAACAGGCCAGGCUGCAUCAAACCACAUACCAGAACUUUAUCUGAAGCUGUUCAAGUUAGAGCAGGAGACAGAACUGCUCAGAAACAUUAACAGAGCCCUCUGAGAGAACGUGCUUCUCAAAGAAUCACUUGCGAAAACUGCUUCUGGUCAAGCCCAUAAGCCUUCCAACACUCUGAAGAUAAGCGGGAUGACAGCGCAACUGCCAUCAGCCAGAGAGAUGAGCCACAUGUGUACACAGCAAGCCAGCUAUGGCCGAGAAUUUGCCAAGGCUCUCAAGGUGUUCUACCAAAGCAUGAACACGGCAAGAGGGCAGCUGUUCAGACUGAGGCAGUACAAACCUCCUGAAGACGAUCAACUACUUCGACCAUUUGUAUGCCAACAAUCACAGAUGUUUAAGGAUUUGGGGGAUCUACUUGAAUCCAGCUUGUGAAAACUGAAAAAUGAUGUUGCUCUUAUAGUGAAAAAGAAGAGAGAAUAUUUACUGCAUAUGAAAUAGUGAAGACACACCAACUGAAAACUGAAAAUAUUCGAGCUUUGAGUUGUGAAGAUUAUUUGUGUAGCUAAUGAGCCUACCUCAUUUCCCACUUACUUUAACCUAUUUCUUCUACCACUUUUAAGCAAAACUGUCCUUCAGUGUGAUUGCCCAUCAUCUCUAUAACCUAAUGGCU